CAAAUUGCAGUUGCGGGGAGGCUCGUUCCUGUUGGACUCUAUGAUUGGCUACGACCGAGGGCCUGGGCGGCCGACGCCCCGCCUCUCCGAGCGCGGUUUGGCCAGAGCUGCCGUCAGUCAGCGGGAACAGACUUCCCUCUCCAUCUGGCUCACAGCAGGCGAAAAAUUCUCGAGAUUUUCCAGCAGAAGAGCCAGUGGCUGUUCUAGCUGCUCGCUCCAGAAACCAGAAAUAUCGGGGAAGGCAAUCUUAUUUACCCAGCAGGAAAGUCCCUUCCCCGCCCUCCGUGGAUUCAUUAGAAAAUUUCCAGGGACGUAACCAUCGCGAGACAUUCCAUUAUUGUUCUAUUGACCUUUCCCUCAUUCCUGAGUCCUUUGGAGUUGAGUUAUGUCCACAGCUGCCUUAAUUACUUUGGUUAGAAGUGGUGGGAACCACGUGAGAAGGAGAGUGCUGCUAAGCUCCCGCCUACUGCAGGACGACAAGCGGCUGACGCCCACCUGCCACAGCUCCACUUCAGAGCCUAGGUGUUCUCGGUUUGACCCGGAUGGUAGUGGGCGUCCGGCCACUUGGGAUAAUUUUGGGAUCUGGGAUAACCGCAUCGAUGAGCCCAUUCUGCUGCCGCCCAGCAUUAAGUACGGCAAGCCAAUUCCCAAAAUCAGCCUGGAAAACGUAGGCUGCGCCUCGCAUAUUGGCAAACGGAAAGAGAACGAAGACCGAUUUGACAGCGCUCAGCUGACAGAUGAGGUCCUGUACUUUGCCGUGUACGACGGGCACGGCGGACCUGCAGCUGCUGAUUUCUGCCACACCCACAUGGAGAAAUGCAUCAUGGAUUUGCUUCCUAAGGAGAAGAACUUGGAAACUCUGUUGACCUUGGCUUUUCUAGAAAUAGAUAAAGCCUUUGCAAGGCAUGCCCACCUGUCUGCUGAUGCAACCCUUCUGACCUCUGGGACUACUGCAACAGUAGCCCUCGUGAGAGAUGGUAUUGAACUGGUUGUAGCCAGUGUUGGGGAUAGCAGGGCUAUUUUGUGUAGAAAAGGAAAACCCAUGAAGCUGACCAUUGACCAUACUCCAGAGAGAAAAGAUGAAAAAGAAAGGAUCAAGAAAUGUGGUGGUUUUGUGGCUUGGAAUAGUUUGGGACAGCCUCACGUGAAUGGCAGACUUGCAAUGACAAGGAGUCUUGGAGAUUUGGAUCUUAAAACCAGUGGUGUGAUAGCAGAACCAGAAACAAAGAGGGUUAAGCUCCAUCAUGCCGAUGACAGCUUCCUGGUCCUCACUACAGAUGGAAUUAACUUCAUGGUGAAUAGUCAAGAGAUCUGUGACUUUGUCAAUCAGUGCCAUGAUCCCAAUGAAGCAGCCCAUGCAGUGACUGAGCAGGCAAUACAAUAUGGUACUGAAGAUAAUAGUACUGCAGUAGUAGUGCCUUUUGGUGCCUGGGGAAAGUACAAGAACUCUGAAAUCAACUUCUCAUUCAGCAGAAGCUUUGCCUCCAGUGGACGAUGGGCCUGAAUGCUUGCUGGGACUUCGAAUUUCUGUGAAACAGUUUUUCACCAAGUAUGUCAAGAAACUUACUAGAUCAAACUCAAAAGUCACCCGACACAGGGUGACUCUCUGACUCACUAGAUUAGUACACAGUGUAAAUGUCAGUGUAAGUCAGUGUAAAUGUCCUAACCAUUUACACUGUAGUUUUUCAUAAAUAUCUGUUAUAUUUAUGUUUAGCUGUACAUACUCAGUAUAAAUAUGUGUGUAAUUCAGUUAUUGUGAGUCUCGAAGUUGAGUGAGCAAAUGAAAAGUGGUUUUGACACACUUGCUGAGUGUUACAUUUCUAAUUUUUAAAACUCUUAGGCAGCUAUGAGUUUCUUUUGAUCAUUUUUGUUCUUUAUUCAUUUGAACGGAUUCUCACCAAGUUUUUCAACAUUAGUAGGUAUUUUGACAGCUCUGCAAUGUGUUAGCUGCAAG